AUGGGGAACCAGGCGCUCCACCUGGUCCUGCUGGUCCUGCUGCUGGCCCUGGUGGGCAGGGGGGAUCCCCUGAAGUACGAGGGAGGAAGCAUGCGAUCACUCAGACUGAGAGGGGGGGGAGGAAGCAGCGACGCAGGAUCCCAUGGACAAGGUGUAGGUCUCCUCUCCUCCAAGGGAAUGCAGUUCCGACCUUUGCGAAAGGAGGGGACGCGAGAGGGAGGAAGCAGAGGGACCGAGGGCGACAGGAUGGAGGAUAGCGCAUCGAUUGUAUCCCAGAAACCUGAGGAGAAGGGGAAGAUGGAUGAGCGAUACAGUGCCCUGUGGAGGGCGGUGAAGGACAGACGCGUCGAUGUAAUCUUAGAUCUAAUGGACAAGGGACUGAAUUUGUCUCAUCCCGACGCCUCGUUUGGAGGAUGGACAUCAUUGCACUAUGCAGCGGCAGGAGGAGAAGGACAUGUAGUCGACAUGCUCCUCUCCCAUGGAGUGCCUGUUGACAUCUGCAACGACCAAAUGUCGACGCCGCUAGCUAUCGCGGCCUCUGAGGGCCACCUGAAUAUUGUGGAGAAGCUGCUGAGAAGAGGAGCGGAUGUGAACGCCUCCAACAAUUAUGGGAUGACAGCCCUGCACAGAUGUCGACUCUCCCAACGUUGCUGCCUCAUCCUCCCAGCACACCCAGCGGCUGAAGCGUUCCUGCAGGUCAUGGAGGUCACUCCCUUGCAUCUCGCUGCUUGCGGGGGAUUCCUCGACACAGUAGAGACUCUCGUGGGGCAUGGCGCCGAUGUCAACCAGCCGAACAGCGAUGGUUGGAUUGCCCUGCAUUACGCAGCACUGAAGGGGAACGAGGAGCUUAUUGAGCUGCUGCUGUCUAAAAGAUCGAAAGUUCUGGUGCCAAGCAAACUCCUCGAGACGCCAGUAGGGCUUGCAAAGAAGUACGGGCAUGAAAAGUCGUUCCACAUGCUCCUGAAAGCAAGCUGGGAGGAAAAGGACGACAAGCAGCACAUGGACAUGAAACAACGCCAGCGAAGGGAGAUAGAUGAUGAGUACGACAAGUUUUGGAGCAAGAUCUGGCAGGAGCAAGUGAGGAGACAUCAGAGUUCGGGUGAAGGGAGUUCCACAUUGUCGGACGUCUUGGAUCAUCACAAAGCCACCAUGAUGGGAGCUGAGGACGGUAUUGUUUCUUGGCCGAAGCGAUAUCCCGGUCAAGGUGUGGGAGAUGAUUUGGAAGAUGGCAAGAAACCAGAAAUCCCUGUCACCCCUGUACCGAUGAGCUUCAAGAGCUCGGCUGGCACAGGGUUGGAAAAAAUUCUACCCGAUGAGAACGGAACUUCAUGUAUCGAUUACGAUCUCCUUUUUGAGAAUCCAAAAGGAGAAGUGGAGAAAGUUGUCUUCGGCGUUACGCCGAGGGACAAGGAAAAGGAGGCUCUCGACGAUUUCUACAAGAAGCACAUGUUCAGUGAGCCCAAGAUGUCACUGGACGAGCUCGAGCUGAAAGUGCGGGAAGCGCAAGCGCUGGCGAUGGAGAGAAACAAAACAGCGCAAAUGCUACAGGAUGGAUGA